AUUUUUUAGCAGGGUGGGCUUAUGUAGAAAUAGAAGGCUAUAUCACAAAAUAAAUGACUUUAUAGCUGGGUUUUCACAUGGAUCACAAAUGUGUAUUUUAAAUUGACAGCUUAUAAAACUUGUGAUUUAGGGAUUGUAUACAUGCAGUAUACCAUCUAAGGCUAAAUUUAACUCUUAACUGGCUGAGCUAGACAAGGAUUAACAAAACCAGCAAGUUCCCGCAGCUGCCAUUGGCUAUUGAAAUCUUGCUUGCAAUAAAUCUUUCAGAAUUUUCUUACCUAUAGAUGGAUACUCUAUGCAUUCAUGAGUGUGUGGUGGUGCUCAUGGGUUGUCGAUCUGGGACAGGUGAGUAGGCUGGGAGGGAAAAUCAGAGUACUCACUACAAAAAACUAAGCUACACCGCUAGUUAUGCCACUUUAUUUAUAUAAAACUAGAUCACCAUUAUGUUUUUGACAUGGCACCAGGGCAACGUAUUUUUAGUACUUCUAUAGUAUUCUUUCACAUUUACAUUUAGCAGACACCUAUCCAAAGCGACUUCAAAAUGAGGUAAACAAUAGAAGGAAUUUGAACAACAAAAAGCAUAAGUGCAGUAAAACAGGGGUCAUAUUGACUACCAGAGUAAACAAAGCUUAGUUUUUAUAUAUAAGGACAGAAAGAGUAGACAAGAAAUAUAAAUCAGAACUAAUUGGUCAGGUGUUGAGUGAAGAGAUGUGUUUACAGCCGAUUCUUAAAGAUGGCUACAGAAUCUGCUGAUCUAGCAUGGAGAUCAUUUGCAUUUAUGCAUUUGGCAGACGCUUUUAUCCAAAGCAACUUACAUAGCAUUAUCCUAUUUAUUUUACAUAGAUAUGUGCAAUCCCCUUAGAUCGAACCCACAACCUUGCGUUGUUAACGCAAUGCACUUACCACUGAGCUACAGGAAAGCUCAUUCCACAACUGUGGAUCAUAUCCAGAGAAGGUACAUGAGAGGGAUUUUUCCCUUUUUGGAUGGCAUUACAAGACGUAAUUUGUUUGCAGAGCAUAGGGUUCUGGCGGGUAUAUAAAUCUGAAUUAGAGGGUGAAGAUAUGCGGGUGCUGAACCAGUGGUGGUCUUGUAGGCCAAGAGCAGAGCUUUGAAUUUCAUGCGAAUAUGGAGCCAAUGUGACUUAAUGGAGAGGAGUGACGUGUAGUCUCUUCGGUUAAUUGAAGACUGCUCUUGCUGCUGUAUUCUGGAUCAUCUGUAAAGGUUUGGUUGUGCAAGAUGGGAGUCCAUCCAGUAGUGCAUUGCAAUAGUCCAGUCUGGACUAGGACUUGCGUAGCAUACUCUGACCGUAAAGAUCUAAUUUUCCUAAUGUUGUAGAAGAUGAAACUACAGUACGGAGUGGUGCUAGCAACAUGAUCCGGGAAGUUUAGUUGAUCAUCGAUUACCACUCCCAGGUUUCUGACCGUUCUGGAGCAUACUACACAAGUAUAGCAUACUAAGGGGGACCAUAUCAGCCAUUUCUCCAGGACGCGUCCUCGCCAGGAUUUGGAGUCGCAUUAUAAAAUUAACAUUUAACAUCGCUUAAGACGCAUAAUCAAUCAAUGUAGUUAAUUGUUGUCAUUCUUACCUUAAAAUAGAAUUGCUGCCUUUAAAAUAAAACCUUAAAUAAUAAACCUCGAUGACGUAAGCGGUCGACAAAUGCGACUCCUUGAAGGCGCAUCCAAAUCCUGGCAAGGACGCGCUCCUUUGGUGAACCUAUGCAUACUUCAAUUCCUUUAUAUAUCCCGAUACAGUACUAAAAUGAGACUUCUUGCUUUUGUAAGUUAACAAAAAUACGUUAUACAAACUGGAUGAGAAGGGAGCGUAUUUCAUAUCACCACCCGGCAGCAAAAACUGGGUCAGUUAGUCAAAAAGCGAAAGGGGAGGGUGGAAUUGGUAGACUAUGUGAAAAAUAUAGGAGGAGGAGUUAAAGGCCAAAAAUAACACAUCACUUUGCUCUGCAUUCUCCGUCAUAAACGUUCACCGGUUAUCUAACAUUGUAUGAGGUGUCGAGUAAAUUUUUCGAGAGCCUGUUGGGUCGAGACGAUCGUUCGCUAUAGAACGGAAACCCUUUAAGCAUAAGCUUUAACACUUGCCAUGUCAGGACAAGAAAAAAUGGGCAACGUUAACUGCGGAGAGCACCAUGAUUGAUGCGUCUGCAGAAAGAAUCUUUCACAUCAGUGGCCCGUCAUCCUCUUGCUGGGACGCUUGCAGAUAACCUGUUAAUGUAACAUGAGGACCAGUGAGAAAUUAGAUCUCAUCUAGGUUGAUACAGAAUGGCAGAGAAAAUGAACAGAGUCAACAGAUACUUCAUCAUUUAUUUAGUGUCCGCGAUCAGUUUCUAUGGCACGGAGACUUUAAAUGUCUCGGCAGUGGAUGAAGACGGCGCCAAGAACUGGACCAUGUCAGAUAGUGGUGGCACAGUUCCUAUGGUUUUUAACAAAAUGAGCCAGAUCAUAGCCCGGGAGGGGAGCUGUGCUUUAAUUGAAUGUAAUAUUACUGGUGACCCUUUUCCAAAUGUCCAGUGGUUCAACUCGCACGGACAUCUGCUUGACACGCAGGACAGUGAUGGUAAAUUGUGGAUUCUGGACAAUGGCAUGCUGAACAUCACCGACAUCACUUUUGCAGACCGAGGUAAAUACACUUGUUUGGCAUCCAAUGAGUAUGGCACAGCUAACUGCACAGUGACACUCCGGGUUGUCUUAUCCAACGGCGAUAUGGGUGUCUACUACAUGGUGGUGUGUCUGGUGACGUUUACAAUCAUAAUGAUUUUAAACAUAACUCGACUUUGCAUGAUGAGCAGCCAUCUCAAGAAAACAGAGAAGGCCAUCAAUGAGUUUUUCCGUACGGAAGGUGCGGAAAAGCUUCAGAAGGCUUUUGAGAUCGCAAAGCGUAUUCCUAUUAUAACUUCGGCAAAAACACUGGAACUGGCCAAGGUCACACAAUUCAAGACCAUGGAGUUUGCACGUUAUAUUGAGGAGCUGGCGCGUAGCAUUCCGCUUCCACCACUAAUCAUGAACUGUCGCACAUUCAUGGAGGAGAUUCUUGAGGUGGUUGGGGUUGAGGAAAUGAGACACACCUUCGUACGACAGGCACCUGAGGGUCAUGAAGGUGAUGGUGUCAGCGUGGUGCCAGCUGGAAUCUCAGGUGACGUUUUCACCAUUUUGCAACAACGAGAGCGAGCUAGAGAGAGGGAAAGGAGCGACUCAGCUGCUGCGGAUUCGGAUGACGCGUCACUUCAUGAGCAGCCUCAACACAUAGCCAUACAGGUUUCAGUUCAUCCACCAUUAACUGCAGCAGGAUGUUGCAAUGAGGAAGCUCCCCCUCUUUCUGAAAUGGCCACUUCUCCCUUAUUGGCUCCACCUUCUUUGGAGGUGGAGUCUGAUGAGACGGAAAAGGUAGAUUCAGAACAAGGGGGUGAUGCUACACCCAAAACCCAAGUCAUCUAUGAAAGCCAUGUGUAAUAUUAAAAAAUUAGAUAAUGACCUUGCUUUUUUGGGCGUUAAUAAAAGGUCAAGUUUUUUUUUUGUUCUCCAUGGAAAAUUCUUUCUUUUUUUAGACAUCUUAUGGUAAGAUACGAAACUUCUAUUAUGCUUUAAGUUCUGUUUCAGUUACAAGAAUUGGGUAAAUCUCAUGUUGAAAUGUCUUUCAUAUUUUACCCCAUAUUUCAUGAUUUUUGGAGAACUCUAAAAUAAAUCAGCUUUGAAACAACAAGUACUAUCAUUAUGUGUAUAUUUAAAUGUACCUUGUAAAUGUUGCUGUAUGGAGAGUAAUUUUUGUGCACAUAAAAAAAUGGGGAUUUAAAUGUAUAAACAGGGAAUUAAGUGUGCUUAAUUGUUAUUAAAAUGUCCAAUGCAAAUAAUCUUUGUUUAAGCUCUGAAUUGUUUAUGCAAAUUUCAGUUUCUUUUCUCUUUGGGGGGGAAUAUGACCUAGACAUUUCUGUAUUUUUUUUAAAUCAAUUGUAUACAAAUAUUCACGCUGAAUGUAUUUUGGGGCAAAAUACUGUAUUUAUUUAGAAAAUGUUUCCCAGAAUUUAUUUUGCAUUGCAAGUUAAUGAAAACUAUGGCUAUAAUGGUAUACAAAAGAAUUAGUCCUGAUGGAUCUACGUCCACAUUACUGUAUUUAUUUCACAAUCGAGAUGAAAUUACUGAUUGUAAAUCGGCUGAAAAUCUUUAGUUAUACAGAGUUAGAGUUGAGUUUAUCAUUCAAAACAGGUCAACCUUUUUAUAUCUCCGAUGGAGGCGCAGAUAGAAUUUAGGAAUUUUUAAAAGAUGUUCCUUCUAAAAUGCAUGAAAAAUGCUUGUUGACUGGUUUCCAUGCUGGAUUUGGAGAGUUUUGGAGAAAUUUGGAAGGCUUUCCUGUAGCUCAGUGAUUAGAGCAUGGCGCUAGCAACGCCAAGGUCAUGGGAUCUAUCCCAGGGAUUACACAUACUAUACAUUACAUUGCAAACACGUAUAGUGCACGUAUAUAAUGCAAAGUCGCUUAAAAGCUUCUGCCAAAUGCCUUAAUGGAUUUGGAGAGGCAAAAAAACACAUUUGUGAGAUUCGAUUCUGUUGUUGGCUGUCACAAUGGCCAGGUAAAUAACCCGUUAACACUUUAUAUUGUGGGUUCAGUAUUCUUUAACAUUUUUCAGUUUGAGAUUUUGAACUUUAAUUAGUUAAGAUUUUCUUUCCUUAUAUUGUUAGUAAUUGAAUAAUAUUAUUAUUUUAACUAGGACUGUAGUAUUUCUUUAAAUUUAAUAUGCAUAUGGUUUCAUCUUUUUCCUUUCCUAAGAAUAAACUGUUACAACUAUGUGUUUUUAAAAUAGAAAUCUCAGACUUUACUGAUGAGAAGCCAAUGUUAAAUACAGUCCACUGCUUUUAAACAAGGCACACCUAUUAGUUCUAAGAUAUAGAUAACAAGACAACCAUGAACGUUUCAGAAUGAUCUAUUUUUAAAUCCAGAGCACCACUGUACUGGUAAUGCUAGCUAUAUACAGGUUAAGAGCUAAUUUCCUGGUCAGCGUUGUGAGGAGUCAAGGCCAGUGUGCUUUUUCAGAAUUAUGUCGUUCUUUAGAAUAAUAAAAAAGGCUUGUACCCAUGG